UCGAAGGGUGAAAAGUUUCCUAAAUACAAAAACUUUUGCACCGUCGCCGUCGCUCUCUUCGUACGAGCGCCAGAAACGAGUGCGAGUUGCGAGUUGCGAGUUGCCAGCGAACUGCGUUGUGAAUUAUUAUUCUACUACGGUUUUUUAGUGCGUGUUCUCUACUAACUAACUAACUCAACGCUGAGCGUUGCCGUCGCCAGCGUUUUGUUGUUUAUUUCCGCGUUCAGUUUUCCUUUUCACACCACAAGCAACAACAACAACAACAACUGCAAUUGCAAUUGCAAUUAAAUCGCGUUAAAUACUUUGAUCGGGGAGAAACAAGUUUCAAAUGUGUUACAACAAUUACAACAAAUAAUUAACUGGCAAUUAUGUUGCUCAAGUGAAUAGUGCCAACAACAACAACAACAACAUCGACAACAACAACAACAAUUGCAAAUGUUUGCACUUUUUUUGUGGCAACAUUUUCUUUAAUUUAAUUUCCAUGCAUCUUCGCAUCGUUUCUUUGCGUUAAUUCUCUUUUCGUGCUCGCGUUCGCAUCUUUCGCGUUUUGCUUUCGCCUUGUAAACAGUUAAUUCUUAAUUCACUUUCUAUCUCCCUCUCUCCCCCCUCUUUUCGGAGUGCCUCUCUCUCGUUCUGGCUUCGUUUUCGAUUUCGAUAUCGCUUUCGGUUUUACGACAUUUCGUGCGUGUUUCGCGUUCUUCGUUCUUCGUUCUUAACGGUUAAUUCGGUUACAAAGUUUAAGCUUGAUCAACUCGAAAAGCUUCGUCAUCAUUUAAGCACAGCAACAACAACAACUUCCCAGUGGCAACAGCAGCAACAACAACAACAACAGUCGAUCAACGGCAAUGGAUUAACAACGCUUUUGAACCAAAGGAUUUGAGGAAACCAACAACAACAACAACAAGAAAAACAACUUUGGCAAAACACAAAAUUACUUUUUUGGCCAAUGAAAAUCAAAAAUUGACACUCGAAAGUCAAAGCAAAAGUCAAAAGCAAAAUGCAAGCAAUGCAUUAAACGAAAGCAAAACUAAUUAUUAAUGCUAAUUUUAAUAACUUAUAAAACACACACACAAAAUAAUGUUUAAUUAAUUUGUAAGCAACCAACAAACAAACAAACGGAAGACAAAGAUUUUUAAGCUUAAGGCCUAACAAAAUAAUUAAGUAAUUUUAUUCAAACUCAUUUUCAAGAAACAAAAGCUGCAAACUAUUUUUUAUAUAUAUUAAAAUAUUAACAAACAAACAAAACAAACAAAACAAAUCAAAUUAAAACGCAAAAACCAGAGUACAAAAUUCAUAAGCAUCAAUUUACAACAACAACAACAAAUAAUAAUAAUAAUCGAUAAAUAUCAAACAAGCUAAAUAAUCAAUACAAAAAUAUUAUAUAUAAAUAUAUAAACAAGUAAACAACGCAUACAACAACAAAUACAAAUUUACAAAUUACAAAUUUACAAAUUUUUCUAACAAGAAGUCGAAGUCUGAGACACAGCCACAGCACAACAACAAAUAAAAAACAUAAAUAAAAAACAGCAAAAAUAUUAAAUAAUAAAUUUAAAAUAUAUAAAAUUAUUACAUAGCUGCCGUUUACAAAAGAGCAAAUAACAAAAAAAAGCAUCUUCAACCACGAAUAAAGUACAAACAACAAAUUUUGAAUUUUCUAACUUACAAAUUUUUAACAACAAACAAAAAAAGAAUUAAAUCGUAGCACUUUUACAAAUAUUUAACGAAUAUUAAUGCUUAAGCAAUACAAAUUACAAAUUACAAAUUACAAAUAUAUAAAUACAAUUUUAUAAAUAAGAAGCACAAACGAAACCAGUGAGUUCAAAAUAUCAAAUACAAAUUUAAAAAAAGUUACAAACAAUUAAAAAAUCAUAAUCAAUAAAAAAAUCGAAGAUAAACUACCUCAAGAGCAGUGAGCGAGUGUACAAAAAAAAGAAAAAAGAAAAACAGUUAAAGAACUAUACAAAGUUAAAGGAACCCCCCUUCUCCUUAACUCCUCCCCCCUUUGAAGACUUCCCCUCUCCAACCCAAAAAGCGAGCAGCGCAGCAGGCCAAAGAGCUGCGCAGCCAUGCAAGUGUUCGGACUUAAAUGGCGUCUUCAAUAAUCGCACAGAGCAGCACCGGCGGUCCCGUCGAUCCCACAGCAGCAGCAACCAGCAGCAGCAGCAGCAACCUGUUGCCAGCAAUCUCAGCAACUGUUGCCUCCGCAGCUGCCGAUCUGCAUAAUACGCAUCUCAAUCAGCUGAGCAGCUUGAGUCAACAUUAUACGACGCCGUAUCAUCAUCAUCAUCAUCCGCAUCAUCAUCACCAACAGCACUACCAACAGCAGCAGCAGCAACAUCUGCAACAGCAACAACACUAUCAGCAGCAAACUCCUUUGGCGGAGCAGCAGCAACAACAUUGGGAUUACUAUGCACGCCAGCAACCAGCGGCAGCAACCACCACUAAUGGCAAUGCCAGCAACCAUGUUGCAACUCCUUUGGGCAGCAGCAGCAGCAACACUGCAAAUGGCAAUGCGGCCAGCCUCAGCAAUGGCCACAGUCAUGCUCACAGCAACAGCCACAGCUUGGCUCACAGCCAACAACAACAACAACAACAACAUGAUGGACAUGCCGUUGCUGCUGCCACCGCCGCCGCCACAGCAGCAGCAGCAGUAAGCACCAGCAACAGCAACAACAAUACGAACAACACUAGCAACAACAACAACUCGAAUCCAAACUCGAAUUCGAAUUCCAAUUCCAACGGCAGCUACACGCGUCCCUGGGAAAUGGAGUCCAAGGAUCAGCAGCCACAAACUGCACAGCAGCAACAACAGCAACAGCAGCAACAACAGCAGCCGAAGAGCGGCUUCGAACCCUUCUCGAAGUUGCCCUCAUUCCAGAGUCAAUUCCACGGCUACAACGAGCAACUGUUGCCCGAUGGCACACCGAUGCCGUUGCCCACAGCAGCCGCUGCUCAAGCAGCAGCAGCGGCAGCAGCAGCCGCUGCACAAGCAGCCAACACAGGAGCAACAUCGCUGCAGACGGUGGCAAUGUCUCCAGCGAGCAUCUCGGUGAGUUCGCCUGGAAUGAUGAGCGUGGGAUCGCCGCUCACUCAACUUCCAGGGAUGCAGACGAGCAUCACGCCCCCCUCGGGCAGUUUCACGCCUUUGGGCGCGCCUCCACCGCCACCGAAUGCGUUUCAUCACAUGCACUCGCAUCAUCGCGGCGCUGCAGCCGCUGGUUAUCCUUUGAUGCCGGCUGCAGCAGCAGCCACAGCAGCAUUUGGGGAUCUUCAGUUGUAUCAGCCAUUGACGCCAGGCUUUGCUCCGCUGGUGAAGAAGGAGACAGCAGCUGGAGGGGAUUACGAUAUGCUAACGGGCAGCAUGCUGCUCAAGAAGGAGGACUUUGAUCUCAGCAACAAUGGCAACAAUACGUUGCAACAGCAGCAACAGCAACAGCAUCACCAGCAACAGCAUCAUCAACAGCAGCAACAUUUGCAACAGCAACAGCUGCAUCAGCAACAUGGCCUCGGACUGGGCGUGGCUGUGGGCAUGCAUACGCCCAGUUCGUAUGACGGCAACAACAGCAACAGCUUUCCGCAUGCGGCCAGCAGCAGCGGCAGCCACACGCCGCAUACAACACAACCGCACACGCCAACGCCGAGCACAACAUCAACAACCACAGCGGCGGCAGCAACCACAACGCCCCUCAAGGUGGAGAAGUUGCUGCAGUCGCCCAUUGCAAGGCUGGACGCCAGGAAAAAGGAAAGACGGAAACAGCGGCCGAAUUCAUUGGAAUCGAGUGCUGAGAGCGAGGCAAGCGGCAUGGAUGUGGAUCCCAGUGGCGGGAAUCCGGGGCAAGUGGAUGCCGUAUCGAGUACGGCGAACUUUAAGAGUCCGUUGAGUGCUCUGGGCAUGGGCGAUAGCAACGAUGCAACGAAUGCGAAUGGAUGCGAUAAGCAGUCGAAGAAGAAGAGGAAACGCUGCGGCGAAUGCGUCGGAUGCCAACGCAAGGAUAACUGCGGCGAAUGCGCUCCAUGCCGCAACGACAAGAGUCAUCAGAUCUGCAAGCAACGUCGCUGCGAGAAGCUCACCGAGAAGAAGGAACCCAAAGCCAAACCCAUCAUUUAUGGUGCCGACGGCCAACCCGUUCGUCCAGAUGCGAAGCGUGGACGCGGCAAGGGCAAGUCAAGUGGCGCCAAUGCCACCGCGAAUGCCACCGCAGUUGCCGCUGGCAAUGGAACACCAACAACUGGGUCACGCGCCCGCAAAACCUCCACCAAAGCAAAUAAACUGAAUGCAGCCGCUGCCGCCGCAUCAGCAACAUCGCCACGUCUAAGUCCAGUGCCUGCAGCAACACACUUGCCGCAGCAAUCGCCAAAUACCACAACUGCAGCAGCAACAGCAGCCGGUGCCAGCUUGCAACAGCAGCAACAGUAUCAGCAGCAGCAACACUUGCAACAGCAAUUGUUGUCACAUCAGCAGCAGCAGCAGCAACAGCAAGUACAGCAGCAGCAACACUAUCAGCAGCCGCAGCAACACUUUCAACAGCAGCAACACUUGCAACAACAGCAGCAGCAGCAACACCAGCAGCAGCACGCACAGCAGCAACAGCAGCAGCAGCAACAUUUGCAUCAGCAACAGCAUCAAAUAACCGCACAAAUACAAACCAUGAAGGAUCAACCACAACAACCCAUGGCACCCAUGGCCUUCUAUCCCACAUGGCAGGCGGAUCCAUCGCAGGGCUGGCAGAACCAGUUCAUACAGCAAAUACCACAGAAUACUCCAGCCUCACUCACAUCGCUCAACUCAUUGGAUUUCCAGACACAGUCCUACGCCUAUCCAUCAAAUGGCUACGUGCAGACCGGUCUCGGCUUCGAUCCCAACUACGGCCGUUCACCGUACGGUGCGCCCGUCCAGCGCUACGACUUCCAGAGCCAACAGCUCUCGAGUGCGCCCAUCAAUCAGGUGGGACUGCAGAGUGUGGCCGCUGGCUUUGCGCCCGGCGGCGUUAGCUAUGCCGGACAAGUGUCGACGGCGCCGGCGCCACCAGCUGUGGGCCUGCAGCAGCAACAGCAACAACAGCAGCAGCAGCAGCAACAGCAUCUCGGUGGUGAUCUGGGCAAGAGCAUGUCGGGAAACGACACGCCUGGAUAUCCGCGGGUGAGCAGCGUGCCGCCGCGCUCACUCAACUGUAACGGGUAUCCAGGCGACUACAGCGGUUCCAGCAACAACAACAACAAUCACAACAACAACAACAGCAACAACAACAGACCGUCGGCAGCAGCCAGUGUUGCUGCCACGCCCACAGCAGUGCCAGCUGCCAAUGCAGUGCAGCAAGUUGUGGCACAACCAGCCAGCUCUCCCAUGCAGCCGCAGACGGUGCCUCAAUCGCCAACGCGUAGUCUCAUCCAACAGCAGCAACAGCAGCAGCAACAACAACAGCAGCAGCCACGCCUUGUUUCGCAAUCGCCCAGCCAGGUGCCGCCCUCGCCCAAUGGCAACGGGCUGCAACCGUACGGCAGCAGCGUGCAACAGACGCAUCCUCACUUGGGUUCGCCGCCCAUGCAAGACUGGAACUGGAGCAAUCAGCAGCAGCAGCAACAUGCGCCCACGGCAGCACAGCAGCAGCAGCAACAGCAACUCAGCAGUGAUGGGUAUGCGUCACAGGGUCAGGGACAGGGCGAACGCUUGCAUCUGAAUACGCGCAUCAAGUCGAUGAUAAUGCGCAAGAGCGACUCGAAGGAUGCACCACCCGAUAUACAGGGGCUGCAGGGACAGGCGACAGCGCCAUCUGUCGCCCAGCAGCAGCAGCAGCAACAACAGCAGACCGGUCAUUUUUUAUCGUAUAGCCACCAUCUCCGGCCCGAGACGGCGCUGAGCGCCAAUGGGUCGAGCAGCGUCACGCCCACGGGCGCAUUGGGCGUUGCCGAACCCAUCGGAGGUGGUGGCGAUCAAAUCUGGAAGCCGCAUCACGCCAACUCAUUUAAGAAACCGAGUAUCGUUGGCAACAGCGGCUACGCGAGCAAUGACCAUCAGUUGCAGCUGCAGCUGCAACAACACCAGCCCGGACAACACACAACCAUCAGCCAUGUGCCCGAGGUGCCGCCCCAAGCCACAGCCAUGCCAGCCAUGCCCAUCCAGCCACAGCCACAGCCUCCCGUGCAGCCGCAGCCGAAGAAGUCGCGCAGUCGCAGCAAGGCAAGUCGUGCAGCAGCCGCUGCAGCCGAAGCUGCUGCCGCUGAGAUCGAAAGGGAUCGCAAUGCCAAUGAUCCGGGUGGUGGUGGCGGUGUCGGAGGAGGAGGAGGAGGACUUAAGGCGCUUGGCGCUCACUAUCCACCGCCUCCGGGCAGCACUCAGGACUAUCAUCAUGGGCAGUACAUCAAGACGGAGCCGGGACUAUUGCCACCGGGUGCCCCGCCAGGCGGACAACCCAACAAAAUGGAGGGCUACGAACGCAACUACCAAAACUUCAUACAGUAUGCGGACUUUUGCCAGAACGACGGCCAGGGGCAACCGGUGCAACAGCAUCAGCAGGACUAUGCCGGCUAUCAUCACAAUUCGGCCUAUUACGGCGCCGGAGCGGGCAGCUUUCAGCAGAACUUCCAGCAGAGCUUUGUGCCCGGCUAUCAGGCAGCGGCAGCGUACGGAAGUCGCGGGAAGCCUCCGUCGAAUGCAGCGCAUCAUGGCGCCCACGGACAUGGGCAUGGCAAUAGUAUGCUAGAGCUGGAUCGCAAGCCGGACACCAAUAGCAUCAUACCACUGCCCACCAACUAUGAGAAGGAUAUACCAGCGCACGCAUAUCCCAUUCCGGCGCAUCGUUAUGCCCUCGGACAUGGCGCACCGCCGCCGCCUCAUCUCAGCCAUCACGGCAUGCUCGAGCCGAAGAUCGAGGAUAUGGGCAUGCUGGGACAUGGCCAUGGGCAUGGUUAUGCCUAUCUGGGCGAAGGGAAGCCCCUCAACAAUGGCUUCUCCUGCUGUCGUCAGGGAGGCACGAGACCGCCCACAGCGGAACAUCUCAAGGACGGCACCUGCCUCGGUCUGGGCAUUCAGCCGAAGGAGGAGCUGCUUGACGAGGAGGAAAUGGCUGAGGCGCAUAAUGGCGUCAAGGCCAAGUCAAAGAAACAGAAACCGGACGAGAUACCCGAGAUUGUUGUGAAGCAUGAGAAAAUCAAUCCCAUGUACGAUACAACGGAUCGCCUGGAGAAGGGCAACAAGACGGAAAUACCCGAGUGCGAGUGCUUCCAAUCCGACAAGAAUCCGCCCGAACCGGGCACUUACUAUACGCAUCUAGGCACUGCAUCCACGUUGAUGGAGCUGCGUCGCGAAUUUGAGGAUCGUUGCCAGCUGACGGGUCGUCAGUUGCGCAUCGAGAAGAUCGUUUACACGGGCAAGGAGGGCAAGACCUCGCAAGGUUGUCCCGUAGCCAAAUGGGUGAUCCGACGCGCAGAUCCCGAGGAGAAGAUCCUGGUGGUAGUCAAGAAGCGACCCGGUCACAGAUGCAUUGCUGCAUACAUUGUGGUGUGCAUGGUGGCCUGGGAUGGCAUGCCACGCUUAGAAGCGGACAAUGCCUACAAGAACUUGAUACCGAAGCUUAACAAAUACGGCCUGCCGACGACGCGCCGCUGUGCCACCAAUGAGAAUCGCACCUGUGCCUGCCAAGGUCUGGAUCCAGAGACGUCAGGCGCCUCAUACAGCUUUGGCUGCAGCUGGUCCAUGUACUACAAUGGCUGCAAAUAUGCGCGCUCGAAGACCGUGCGCAAAUUCCGACUGUCGGUCAAGAGCGAGGAGGCGGCAAUUGAGGAUCACAUGAAUCUGAUUGCCACACUCCUGGCGCCAGUCUUCAAACAGGUCUGCCCGCGUUCCUAUGAUAAUCAAACCAAGUACGAGCACGAAGCAUCCGAUUGCCGACUCGGUUUAGAGCCGGGCAAACCCUUCUCGGGUGUGACAGCCUGCCUGGACUUUUGUGCGCACUCGCAUCGCGAUCUGCACAACAUGCAGGACGGUUGCACGGUGCAUGUGGCACUGCUGAAGCCGAACAAUCGCGACAGUCGCCUGCCCGACGACGAGCAGUUCCACGUCCUGCCUCUGUACACCAUGGAUGGCACGGAUGAGUUCGAGAGCGUCGAGGGGCAGCGCGACAAGCAUCGCACCGGCGCUGUGCAAAUGCUGGACAAAUUCCCCUGCGAAGUACGUGUGCGUUCCACACCGCUGAUACCUUGCCGGCGACACGGCAAGAAGCGCAAAGAAGACGAGUCUGCGACGCCGGAUGGCGAGCAAGAUGCCGCCGCCGAUGGCAGCAGUCAGAGCUCCAGCAAUGGAGCUCAACAAUCCCAGCAGAGCAGUCCGCCCGCCCUGACAGCCGCCACAGCGCACAUUAAGAAGGAAAACGGCGCCAGCAAUGGCAACAGCAACAACAGCAGCAGCAACAACAGCAGCAACAGCGGCAACAACAACAGCAAGUCAAAGUCCAAGUCGAAGUCAAACAACUCCAGCGCCUCAACGCCCGGCUCAGCGCCGCCAACGACGCCCUCGCCCCGCUGCCAAACCCCAGUGACGAACAAUCCCAGUCCGGCGGGUAGCGCGUUCAGCACGCCGCCUGUCAAUCAGCACUCCGCGGGCAAUCCGAAUGCCAACAGCAAUGCAACAACAGCGGGAGGCGUGGCACCGCCUGGCGGACAACCCAAUCAGCUGAUGAGCUCGAACUCGAGCCUGAUGAACAUGGCCACCAUGAUCGACACCUUCACCGAUGCCCAGCUGCAAUCGAAUCAGAUCUCGAGCACAGUGCUCGACUCGCCGUAUUCCUAUGACUAUCAGACGGGUUCGUACAUCGACUCGCGCAACUACUACGGCAACUGGCCGCCACAUGCCAUGGGCAUGUCCGCCGGAAGCGCUGCGUUGACGCCCACGACGCCAACGGCGCCGCUGGUGCAGCACACGCACACGGUGACGCCGCCAACGGCAGCAGCAGGAGGCGUCACAGCAGCAACAGGUAUUGCAGCAACCGUUGCACCCACGGCAGUGGCUGCCACGGCGUUGCCAGCAACCACCCCGGUGACGCCAACGCCGGCGCAACACGAUGCGAGCAAUGGUUACACUCCGAGCUACAACAAUCUGACAUCGCCAGCGCUGGCACAACAGCAGCAGCAACAGCAGCAACAACAACAGCAGCAGCAACAGCAACAGGUGCAACAUCAGCAGCAACAAGUGCAGCAGCAGCAACAACAGCAGCAGCAGCAGCAGAGUGGUGUCGAUGUCACGGCCGUUGUGAGUGGUGAGCUGAAGAGUCGCGUCAGCGAGGAGAAUCCCGACUCGACAACGUUGGUGAAUCACUCCCUAGCCGAGAGUAAGUUAACCGCCUUGACAGCCAUGCAACCCAUGACUAAUCUAGCACCACCACUUCAUCACCACCACCUCAACCACCACCAACCACCACCACCACCACCACACCAUUUCCAUGCCACACCACCAACAUCUCUACAACCACCACCACCACCACACCAUCACCAUCAACACCACCAUCAUCAUCCACCACCAACAUCACCGCACACGCCAGAGGGUUUCGUCAAGCCAAAGCCACCGCCCAGCGAUUAUCAGUACACGCAGUAUCCGAACAACUAUCAGAUGUAUCCGCCACCGCCGCCGCCACCGCAUUCGGCCUACUCCGCCUAUGAUGCCUACCAGAACAUGAACUACAACUACGGCUACCAUCAUCAGGCGUACUCACCCUACGGCAUGUAUCCGCAGCAGACGCCGCCCCCGACGCCGCCUCCGCCCUCGCCCAACUGGAAUGUCUACGGACAUCAUCAGAGCAGCGGAGGUUAUGGUGCAACAAGUGGCGCCUCUGCUGGUGGCACAUUGCUGGCCACACAUGGCGCAGUGCCCUCAGCGGCUGCGACGUUGGUGAAGCCUACGCUGCCCACGGUGUCGCCACUGCAACAGCAGCAACAGCAACAACAGCAGCAGCAACAACAACAGCAGCAGCAGCAACAGUUGCCGGUGACGCCGCCGCAAACCAUAUUGCCGGACUUGAGCAACGGUCAGCUGGCUGUGGAGGCAACAGUCACGCCCACAGCGGUGCCCGAGGUGCCGCCUCCGGGUGGCAAUAGCAACAACAGCAACAGCAGUAACAGCAACAGCAGCAGCGAUGCCAACGGCAACACAGCCGCUGCAGCGGCAGCGGCAGCAACAGCUGCUGGCAACACGUCAGCAACCACAACUGUGGCGCCAGCCAGCACCAAUUCGAAUAAGAUCGAACCCAUUGGGGAGGUGGCCGAGAUCAAUGAGAACAUCGAGGCAUUUCAGGAUCCCCAAAUGGGAGGCGUGGCCAUUGCCCUCAAUCAUGGCAGCGUGCUGAUCGAGUGUGCCAAGCAUGAGAUGCAUGCAACGACAGCGGUGCGACGUCCGGAUCGCCAUCAGCCGACACGGAUGACGCUCAUCUUCUAUCAGCAUCGGAAUUUGAAUCGUGCGCGGCACGGCAUCGAUGAGUGGGAGGAGAAGAUGCGGGUGAAGAAGAUCAACACGGACCUCGACAACAAAGCCAAAGAGGAGCGCGAACGUUUGCUGAAGAAGGCCGCCGGCGAGGAUGACGACGACGAGGAGAUGCACGACGAUCAGUUGGCGACGGCGACGACGGCGACAACGGCGCCAACGUUGCCCAGCAUCAAGAAGGAGACGAAUGGCGGCGCUGUCAAGAAUGGCGCCAGUGGGAGUAAAAAAAAAAAAAACGACAAUAGUAAAAAGUCGCAAGCCAACAACAACAAUAACAACAACAGCAGCAACAAUAACAACAACAACAACAACAGCAGCGAGCAGCCAAAAAACGAGAAAGUUGCCCUCCACGCACCAACACUAACAACAACGUCGUGGACGACCCUGUUUCCUAUGCAUCCAUGUGUGGUUACGGGGCCCUAUCAGGAGGGCAAUAGCAGUCCAACAUCGUCCACGAAUGGCAACGCCAAUGGCAACAGCACUGGCAACACCAACACCAACAACAGCAAUCCCAAUGGUCCCAUGGCCCCACAGCAGCAGCAGCAACAGCAGCAGCAACAGUUGCAGCAGCAAAUGCAGCAGCAGCAGCAGCCGCCCAUAGUGGGCGUGCCCACGCAACAGGCCUGAGCAAUCGCUUGGCCAGCCAUUAUUACUACUGGUAGUAGUUGCCAACAACGUUCCAUCGCUGUUUAGCUCUAAGCUUAAGCCACCAACCGAAAAAAAAAUGAAAAAACGACUGAAACAAAUAUUCUCACAAAAAACAAAUUAUUUUUGUAAAACGCGUCCUGAUUUCGUGUGCCAUACGCAGCAAGCAAGGAGAGGAGAGCAGGAGGCGGGUCAGUAAAGAGAAGCCAAUCACACACACACACACACAUACAACCAAAACUCCACUACAAACACACACCACACACUCACAUAUAUGCCUAGUUUAUACAGUGAAGAAAAAUGCAGCUAGAUAUACAUACAUAAAAAAAAGAAGAGUAAAAAAAAUCACAUAACUUUAGUUACUUAAGUGCAGCUAUAUUGUUGGCAAAUUUCUGUUAAAUGAGUUAAUUAUACAUACAAAUAUUAUUUUGCAUAAUUCUUUUUGUUAAGCAGCAAACCGCAAAAAAACACACUACAAAAACAAACUACAGAACAAAAAAAAACAAAAAAUACUACAAAACAAAAGAAUGCAUCACUAAAUGCAAAAUCAAACUAAAUAAUAAACAAAAUAAAUGCUAAAGAAUGUUUUUGCUUCAGUAAAAUAAACAAUGUUAAGAAAAAGAAAAAAAA